AUGCCUCCGCCUCCGUUGGAACCACGGCCAGCGACUUCAGAAGAAUCCUUCCAUCAGGCCUCGCCGCCGCUCCGAGAGCCGACUCCAAAUCGUCGAGAUCCAGACGAGAAUGCCAAUCACCAUCAGACGACAGAGCCGCCAGUCAAGGAAUCGGACCAUCUAGCCCGUACGGCUCUCUCACGGUUCUUUCUCAACGGCGUCAGCUUCUCCAAUUGGUACGUCUUCCAAGUCGCCGACGACUUCAGACUCGCCUAUAUCGGUACACCGGUGUCGAACCUAGCACAUCUUGUCGACCUUCGACGCUCGCACAGCGUCCCCAGCCGCGACAGCCAGACCGAGCCAGGCCAAGAAACGACAGGGGACCAGCCUCCUUAUGGAGGCAUUGAGGUGCAAGCAUGGCAGCAGAUCGUUGCUACACCGACGCGCGAUCAGAGCCAACCUAGUAAUUUGCCAUUGCAUUAUCCUUACCCUCAGAUCCGACCACUCAACUCAUGGUACCCUAAGCCUCAAAACUUCCUCCACCCUUCCCAGGAUCUGGUCAAGGACCUCUCUUCAUUCCCGCAGGAAGAAGUCCGCGAGGCUCUGGUCAAGGCAUAUUUCGACCACAUCCACCCCAUCUUCCCCGUGCUGACCCCUUCGACCUUUCUGCGGCGCGACGGCUCUUUGAAAGCGUUCCCUCCCCUCCUCCUCUACCAGGCCAUCCUCCUCGCCGGCGCUCACGUCUGUACUCACCCUCGAGUGGUGAAGGAACGGUGGUUGGUAAAGUCGGUGUUGUUCCGUCGAGCGAGCAUGCUGUUCCACCUUCGACACGAAACAGAUCGACUGCAUCUCACCCAGGCAGCAUUGCUCUUCACGUGGCACAUUCAAGACGGAGACACUGUAGCAGGAGGCCCCUGGUACUGGACUGGAGUGGCGGUACGCAUCAGCUGUGGCCAGGGUGCCCACCGCCACAACUCACAGCUACCGAUGUUUGAGCGGAUCAUGUAUAAGCGCAGUUGGUGGUGUGCCUUUGUCUCCGAGGUCUUCUCUGCCCUCGAGACUGGGCGACCAUGUGCAUUUCGUGCCGAGGAUAUCGACCAGAGUCUCCCGACCCAGGAAGAAUUAGACUGGGAUCAACCUCAAGAUGCGUCGGUGCAUCAUGUCGAACCCGCGUCUGAUUCGGAAGCACAUCCAGUGCCGUCGACCAGUCCGCCGCUCAAAUACCAUGGCCAUAUCAUCGAGCUUGCCUACAUUGUGCUGGACAUCUUGACAUUGAAUGCUCCGUCCAGCACCCAGACGCUGGAUGUGCCUCGUCUAGAAGGCCGACUGGCUCUCUGGUCCCUCCGGGCCGGUCUUGCCUCCAAUCCGCGCGACGAGGAUUUCUUCACCUGUCAAUUGCGACUGUACUACAACAUGGUGGUUCUGAAUUUGCACCGCAACUACCGCACCGGCCCUCCUGCCAGCCAGACCACGUGUAGUACGGCAUCGGAGAGCAUAAUUGCGGCCUUGGAGCGGAUUGCCGCCCUGGACGCGCUCGGGCGGAGUCAUUUUCUAGCCGUGAGUGCAGUCACUGCCGCAGGCAUCCAGAUUGUGCAGGACAUCCGAUCCGCAGUCAUCACAGGGGCCUAUCUGGUGUGCCUGAACCGCUUGGAGCGACUGGCUCAUAUGAUCUACUACGCACGCAUUCUGUCUCGGUCGUGGCCCAAUGCCGAGGCCGUGUGCAGUGUCUUCGAAGGGCUGCGAAAGGACUACGAGGAUCAAGUCGCCCAAGGCCUCAACCCCAUGGACGACGACACUCACACGCCCGACGCCGAACCUGACUGGGACAGCCUCUUCGCCUCCAUGAAAGGUCCAGAAGCCGGCCGUCCCAUCACGGAAGAAGAAUGGGCGAAUCUGAUGACUUGGGCCGACUCUUUGUAA